GUACCGGCGCCGUGUCCAGAUUUAAGCUUCUUCUUUGCCGGGCAGGAUCUCCGGGAGAUCUCGCUCGUGCGUUUUACGUUUAAUUUUGAGCCGUCCGUCACUCGCGCGGUCACAACAACACCGCGGUGAUCCCCGAUCAUCUUCCGACGUCAAAGGGAUCGGAGCAUUGAGCGCGCGAUCGUUUUCCCGCCGUGAGAGGAACGGCCGUUGUUGAGCGAGCAGUAACUUUUUGGAGAACACACCAUGGCUGUGAAGGCCACGAUUCUGGUGCUGAUGGUCACGCUGGUGGUCGUCGCGUCCGCUGGAUUGCUCGAGACCCUGCUUUCGUGGAACCUGCCGGAGGCCGAGGCGAGAUCGACCACGCCGCAGUCCAAGUGCCUGUGCCAGACUUCCGGUUGCCUGUGCUGUGUCGACUUGAACUUGACGUCGACGAUCGAUCUGGGCGGGCCAGCUUGCGUCAACAUCAGGCAGAAGGAGCAGAAUAUCUCGUUAAAUCUGAGUUACGGGGAUAAUCCGAUUCACAAUGCGACGAUAACGAUCGCGAACGCGGCCAAUAAGCCGACAUGCAUAAACCUGUUGUCGGAUUUGGCGCAGAUCUGCGCGCGAUUCACAUCCGUGAAGCAAUCCGACGUCGGUGGCUACGACGGUUGCAUGGUAAUCGAGCCGGCUUUGUUGGGCACGCCGCAAGCCACAUACCACAUAGGAUGCUUCAAUUUCUAUCAGGGUGUACGGCAGGUGGAGGUUUCCGUCAUCACGGAGACGACGGAGCCCGCCGAAAACGCAGACGAGGAGGACGACACAUUGAAUACCGAUGAGCUGAUCGCCGCAGUGUCCGCCAGCGCUGAACAGGGUAUCGCGCUGUUCACUCAAUGGCUGGGUCUCAACCUGAAUCCAAAGCUGAAUCUUACCAACAAGGAGCACGGACACCAGGACAAUCAACAGCAGCGAAUGACGAAUAACGAACGCACAGCGGAACCGUCGUCCACCGACGUGUCCUCGAGAUCGGCGCGGAAUAUGGCCGAUGUCGUCCAGAACGAGAAGAGCGACGAGCGGUUCAAGCAGCUGUUGAGCGCCCAGGACAAUAUCCUGAAGGGCUCGGCGACUAUCGGGCAAUCUUACGGCGCGGAGACCACGUUUGUCUACUCCAGGCCGAGCGAUCUGAUGACCGAGAGAAACGCGACCGAGGAGGCUAAGAGGAAGCUCGAGGCGGAGGCUGUGGCGCCGCAACACCGGGUCGUUGUGCCGAAGGAGUCCAGGAGGGGUGGACGGGCGUAUAACAUUCAUCAGCACGUCAACGAGAUCUGAGCCCCGCCGUGUGAUCGGUGCACCUCGUGCAGGAAGACUGCCGACGAUUCCUUCUUUUAGAGCUAGAGUGCCGCACGUAGACUAUAAUAUUCGUAUAUAUGCACGCGGAGCUGGGGGUGAUGAAGAGGUCAUCGCUUCGUUCGACCGUCUCAUGGCCGUGAAAGGGUACGCUUUAGCUGCGAUAAUUCAAUUUUCACGAUUAUUACAGAUCGUGAUCCUCGGUAAUAUUCAUCGGCGUUCCGAUAAUACCGUCAGCAUAUCGCAAUUUGCGGUAUGGCGUGAAACAAUGGGAUUGAAACUUCGCACCAUAAUUCAAUCUUCGGCAGCAUUUCCCGAAAGUAGCACAAUCGCUAUCAUCAUAUCGCUUUUAUACUGCUCUAUAGUAUAGAAUGAAGAAAUAAAAUGUCUUUCUCUUUAAUAUCAAGCUGCAUAAUGGUUAUUGAUGAUCUGUUGUUUAUUAAUUAUUUUAAAAUUUACCUAUAGAAG